AAUCCGGCCUCUUGCGACGACAAACCCCCUCUCAGCUCGAUCUCGCCAUUUCAAAAGAUAGUUGCGGAAAUGGAGACGGCUCCUAUAUUGUCCACACCGGAUGAUCGAAUCCUUGAGGCCACAGACCCCGUCGCAGCACCGGAGCCGACGCGAUCCUUGUCGGACGAAGAACUCGCAAUCACCUAUGACAUUGAACGCACGCUGAAGGAAAUCCGCCAGGCGCGGUAUAAACGGAUUGCGCUCCAGUUUCCGGAUGAGAUGCUUCCGGAUGCCCCGCGCGUAUUCCAGCUCCUCAGUCGGGGAUUGGAGGCACGAGACGUCGCAGAAGGCAACGCCGAACCCCGCAGUGACGAGACAACCCGCGAUGGAAAUGGGAAUGUGACAACGGAUGCGACUAGGCCAGCGCCAAAGCUGUAUAUUCUGGCGGAUACUUCGUACGGCACUUGCUGCGUAGACGAGGUCGCCGCGCAGCAUGUGGAUGCGGACGUGGUCGUGCAUUACGGACGAUCUUGCUUGUCUCCGACUGCGAGACUACCCGUGAUUUAUGUGUUUACGCACAAGAGUUUGCCUCUUGACCCGCUUGUCAACGCCUUCAAGGAGACAUACCCGGACCCGACCACAAAGGUGAUUCUCGCCGCGGACGUGACCUACCAGAACCAUGUUUCUGCCGUAUACUCGCGACUAGUACAGGAGGGAUACAGCAACCUAUUUGCGACAGAGUUGCUGCAUGAUCCGUCCUCUCUUGUCCCUAAUCGGACGGUGCCAGGGUCGGGAAACGAGGCGCCAGAGUGCCUCUCGGACUGGCAGCUCUUCCACAUAUCCGACCCGCCCACGGCUCUACUUCUCACCCUGGCAUCUCGAGUAGCGGCGAUCUACAUCUAUCCCACCAACGACACAAGCCGCGAGAUUGUCAAGCCUCUCCCUGCAUCGACGGCGGCGACUUUGAGGCGUCGCUAUGCAAUUAUCACGCGACUAAGCACCGUGCCCAUCUUUGGAAUCCUCGUCAACACCCUCAGCGUGAAGAACUAUUUGCACAUUGUGGAGCAUGUAAAGGAGAAAAUCGCCGCCGCGGGCAAGAAGAGCUAUCUGUUUGUGGUGGGCAAAUUGAACGCCGCGAAAGUGGCCAACUUUAGCGAGAUUGGCGGCUGGGUGGUCAUCGGCUGCUGGGAGAGUUCGUUGGUCGACAGUAAGGAUUUCUGGAAACCGGUGAUCACCCCAUUUGAGUUGGAGCUGGCCCUCCAGGAGGAUACAGAGCGGGUCUGGACGGGCGCCUGGCAAAGCGAUUUCCAAAGCGUUCUUGACCAGCCCGCUCCGGCAUCUCCGAGGGAUGGCGAGGAAGAAAAGGGGACGGACGAGGAGGAAGAAGAAGAAGAAGAAGAAGAAGAAGAAGAAGAAGAAGAACCCGAAUCUGCACCACCCGAAUUCGACCUGCGUACCGGUCGGUAUGUUUCCCACACGCGUCCGAUGCGGGAUUCCGCCCCCCGCGUGUCCGCCCAAGACGGUGGAAGAGACGGUGAUGCAGCAGCAGGCUCUGCGGAUGGUGGGCCAUCGCCAUCGACUGCGCGCGCGCUCACCAGACGAGCCAAGGGCGAUUUAGCCAUGAUCGGCGGCAGUUUCUCGCCAGGAGCAGAGUUCCUCCGAUCGCAGCGGACAUGGACCGGUUUGGGAAGCGAUUUCAAUAGUGCAGCGAGCAGCAUUCAAUAUGAGGAAGAGGAAGACGCACACGACCGCACCUUGGUGGUGGAAGGGCGCAGGGGAAUCGCAAGGGGAUAUACAGUGGGAGAGUCAAUCGACAGGCACUAAAUUUGGCCCUUUAUGCCGCAGCUACUAUUCAUACAGUAACUCAUUAACUGAGCCUUGCAGUCCUCAUCCUGUAUUAUUUAUUUGAGCAGCCCAAGAGAGAAUGACAAUACAUAGGAGUAGUUGGCGCCCUGUGGGAUCCCGCUGGGUACCGAACCCAAUCCCAGGUGCAUACAAGAUGACCAUUCAAUGAUUCAUGAUAGUUCUCAGACUGGAUUCCGGAUGAUCAAGAAUACCCAAAUUAUAAUCGCGACUCACUCUCUAGUUUCC